AUGAACCGCGGACCAUCGUUCAUUACCGAGUGUAUUCUUACUAAGAGUGCGCCAAAUGCUGGUAAACUACUAGAUGAAAACAGACUUCAAGAGACACUAUUGUUGUUGCCUACUGAUGGCGGAAUAGCCUCGAGAUUAAAGAAUCAGAAUAAAAAACUAAGGCUGCUUACAGAGUCUCGGUCCAAAACUGCACCUCACAGAGGAUACCGUCAGAUCAAUAAGAAUGCUAAAAAGACGCUGAAGGAAUAUAUUAAUACCAGUCGUCAGGCUGCAAGCCAUGCACGUCGAAUUGCUAGCGAGAAAAACAUCACUACGCGAACUGCACUUUAUGAAUACCUAGAGAAGCAUCAUCCAGAUGUUUUUAAGUCGAUUCCAAGAUAUGACAAAAUCCUUCCAAUGCAUGAAGAGCUAUGGGUCAACUACGUACGAGAAAUCCUCAAUAUUCCGCCAAUCGUUCCAAGUGCACUAAAGCUAAAUAUCAACGGAGCCAAUGCGCUUGUUAAAUUAUCAAUGGCAGAUUACAACGGCUGCCUCCUGAGCGUGGCCAAAAGCCGAAAUGCUAACGUAUGCGGGAUGACUGGAAUAGUCAUUUGGGACUCUCAAAAGGACUUCAUAAUAAUACGUCGUGGGCUGCUCGUCGAUGACGUGAAAUGCAUACCUAAAAAGGGAACGGUGUUUAAUUUUGAAGUUCCUGUCAAUGAUGAUGAAGCUUUACAAUACACGAUUUUGGGCGAUCGAUUUAAAUACAGAAGCAGUGAUCGCGCUGGGCGCAAGUUUAAAAGUCGUCGCUGCGAUGACCUGUUGUACUACAUUGAGCGAUAG